UUAUUCGCGGCGAGAUCCGCACUCCGCGGAGUCGUGCGUUACGUUCUGUACGCGUCAACAUCAGCUGUUGUUUCGCUGUCGCGUGAAAUGACAGUUUCGUGGAGGUCCAUAAUGUGGAAAUCGUUUUCGUGAGGGUGCUUCUUCGUCUACCGCGGAGGUGAGCCGUAUCUGACCUUUUUCUCCGGGUAAGAUGAACGGGAGCUUGGGAAUAAUGCGCGGACCAGAGCAACAUCCUCAGAGAUUCGCGGAUUAUUUUGUCAUAUGCGGAUUAGACAAAGAUUCAGGCCUAGAGCCAGACAAGUAUUUCGGUGACUCCUUACAAUGUACACCUCUGGACCGAGCGUAUAAAAGCAAAGUUUUGGGACAUUAUCCUGAUUCUGUACCAUGGAACCCCUUCGACGAACACGCUGUAUGCAUGCUCUGCCUGCCAAGCGGCCUGAGAUUCCGAACCCAGAAACACUCGGUGGAACCAACGUUUCACUCGUUCGUGCUCACCAAGGAGGACGGGCACAGAACCUACGGGUUCAGUCUUGUUUUCUACGAGGAGUGCCGGAAUCGCAAGAUAUGCGCGGCUAUGCAAACUCUGCAGGCGAUGCACAUCACGGAACUGAGCAGCGGGCAAAACGGUACACCACCAACGGCAAGAAAAGGCCAGGAUGGACAUAACACGCGAUCGUUGCCACGGCAUUUCAAGCUAUCAGCACAUUCACCAGGUGCUGCGUUAGGCUACUACGACUCUACCAAAGACAAGUUGCUAGUGACUAAAUCGAUAUCCUUGCUAUGCCAGCAGCCUUACCUUCAUGCCGCGAAAACGUUCCUGACUAAUCUCUACAAAUGUGUUCCUAGACAUCCAGGACCUGGUCUUAGUUUAGAGUCAUACGUAUACAAUUUGUUGUACAAUGUGCCGGUACCAUUACCUGGAAAGUCGUUAAAGUUCUUCAUUCCCAAUGACGAGCCAGCGAAAUCGCCAUUAGAGCUGGUUAUCCAUCAGCCAACGCCAUCGCAGGAGUUACAAAUGCUAGAUUACCCUCUGAAGGAUAUAUUCGCAUGGCUUGGAGCGGAUUGUGUGAUUCAAUUGUUUACAUGUGUCCUAUUGGAGAAUCAAGUAUUACUCAGAAGUUCAGAUUUCCACAAGUUGAUGGUGGUAUCCGAAUGCAUAACGGCGCUUCUCUUUCCGUUUUCCUGGCAACAUGUGUACGUGCCGAUAUUGCCCGCCAGUCUACAUCACUUCUUGGACGCGCCGGUACCAUUUAUAAUGGGUUUGCACGCGCAAAGUGAGGGCGGUGUAUUGAAAAUUGCCAGCGAAGCAAAUCUUUGUUAUGUAGAUAUAGAUAAGCAAAGUAGCCAAUUUCCAGAAGAGUUACCUGUAUUUCCACAUAAAAUGCAAUUUAUUGCCGAGAUUAGAGCUCUCUUAAACAAGUACAAAGUACCACACGCGGGAAAGACUGAUAACACGGUCAUAAAUCAUUAUAACGGUGACAUCAUGACUAGUAGUUUGACGCUUCCUGGUUCUGGAUGUCAUCUUCCUCGCAGAAAACAUUCGUUACACGAUGUCUUGGAUUGGAAUCGACCGGAACCGACGUCACAAUCAGACACGUUACAAAGGAUAGUAGAUAUCGCUAAAAGAACUGUGAACGUGGAAGAUAUUGAUUCAGUGGAAGAUAACGUGAAAGAGCAGAUACUCUCACCUCAAGAAGAAUAUCAAGAGAUGCUUAUGUUUAACAAUGCCAUUAGAGAGAUUUUUUUGAACCGUUUUGUACAGAUUUUUUCUAAUUACGAACACUUCGUUAUUCAACCAAGUCAGGACAAAGAUGAAUGGUUGAAUAAUAGGGAUAGUAUGCAUGUUUUUGAUAAGGCUACAUUUUUAUCUGACCAACCCACACAGCAUUUGCCAUUUUUAUCGAGGUUUCUAGAAACACAAAUGUUUGCAUCUCUUGUCGACAGCAAAGUUAUGUCAACGUGGAGUGAGCUUGAUUUUAACACACGAGUUUUUGAUCAAAGAAUUUCUCUCUUAAGGAAAAAAGUUGGAGAAGGUAUUGUAAGAUCGACACGUUAUGAACCUUGUACAAGUAUUGAAGAAUCGCAAAAGGUAUUGGAACAAAGGUUGACAAACGUAGAUUUUGAAACGAAUCCACCUACAGAGAUCGUUCCUCAUAGAGCAGCGUAUUUUCGAAGUUUUCCCUUGUUAGACAGUGUAGCAUUAAAUAAGGAGCCAACUCAAAGUAUACUUCGUAGUCGGAGAGGUCAGACUCAAUGGAAGUAUAAAAUGAAAUCUAUGGAGUCAAAUGGGAAAACUCCAGUACCUCAAGAAACACAAUCACCUCGACCUCAAACUAAGCUCUCUGCAGAUAUGAGUCCAGCAUUAAUAGCACAAGCAAAUUGGACAUUUGUUGAAAAAUUGCUCAAAGAUUGUAAAUCAAAAACAAAAAGAAUGUUGGUUGAAAAAAUGGGUUCUGAAGCAGUUGCAUUAGGUCAUGGCGGUGAAUCGUUAUCCGAUGUCGAAGAAAAUACGCUAGUUGCCAGUCUCUGUGAUCUCCUAGAACGAGUUUGGAGUCAUGGAUUGCAAAAUAAACAAGGGAAAAGCGCUCUUUGGUCGCAUCUUGCCAUGUAUCAAGAAGAAGAGUGCAACGACCCGAGUAAACCAAUAGAUCCUAAUUUUCUUUCUCCUGCCAAGAAAUCACCAAGUAGCUUUUUUGGAUUACCAGAGCGUUUAAUUUCAUCUUUAAAGGGCAAAAAUAUUUUUGAAAUUGCUUCUUAUAUCAAGGAGAAUUUUAAUGAUCUACCAAACCUGGCAUUGGAGAUCGACUCGCCUACACGAGGCACGGAUAAGCACAAGUCUCCUGGCGACAGAAAAAUUGGCCCUGAACAUUUGAGGCCUUUGCCUAAUUCUUUGCUUUUUGAUAUUCGGAAUGUACAGGCAAUGACUGAUAUUAAAACGCAUAUUGGAUAUGCUAGAGCCUGGGUUCGAUUAGCACUUGAAAAGAAACUUCUUUCUCGUCAUUUGAAAACUUUAUUAUCAGAUACCAGAUUGUUAAGAAGUCAGUAUAAACGCUCGGCAUUUUUGCGUUGCGAAGAAGAAAAGGAACAAUUCUUAUACCAUCUUUUAACGUUGAAUGCCGUCGAUUACUUCUGCUUUACAAACAAUUAUCCAACUACGAAAUUGCCAUACAGGGUCGUUAUAUUUCCUAGUCGAAAAGCUAGCGCAGCUACUACUUCGGCAAACAGUUGGAUCGCUAUUUCUGGUACAUUGUGUGAAACAAAUCCAGUGCCAAUUCCCAAGGGAGCGUUGGAAUUUGUGUUUCAUCAUAAGAAUUUGGGCGUGCUCUCUACAUUACGUAUAGGACAUGACAAUACAGGUCUUUCGCCAAAGUGGAUGGUAGAACAUGUUGUGGUGAGAAAUGAAGUUACAGGGCACACAUUUAAAUUCCCUUGUGGUAGAUGGCUUGGCAGAGGUAUCGAUGAUGGAUCUACUGAAAGAUUAUUAGUAGGUGCCUUGGUACCACGUAAUAUCGAUAGUGAAGAAUUGGUUGAAUCAUGUUCAACACCACCAAGAUGUAGGUCUCCUAGUAUACCUAGACGUCCUAUAGUGUCUCAAGUCGAACUGCAACAUAUGUUAGGAGAGUCUGUAAACGCGAUUGUCAAAUUCCACUAUAGAAGAGAAUGUCAGGAUGGUUCUUUGACUGCUUUACUUUGUGGGGAAGGUGGUCUUGUGCCAUCUUUAGAGCAGAUAUUUUUAUUCGGUUUUAAGAACCAAAGAAUAUUUGGGAAAAAUUUUUACGUUUGGGAUUAUCUCUUACGUGUAAAAGAAAAUUUUGAAAUUUCUUUGCUGGAAGAAAUGGACGAAUAUUCACAGAGGCUGAAUAGAGAUAGACGAAUUCACGCAGAGAAUAAUCAAAGAUUUACGACUUUAAGAUGUUAUUGUCAUCUUAUUGAUCAAAUUAACUUAUUCAGUCAAACUCUUGGUAAAGAUGGAAAAUUUCAGUUAUUCAUUUGCUUAGCAGCAAGAGAACAGCUUCUUCAUUCAAUGCUUCGGCCAAUGAGUGAAGCGCGCUCUACUGCAGACAUGUAUGAAGAAACUUCUUUCUUAAGAAAUACUACAUUAUUAAAUUUCCUUAUUCACAUUCUUGAACCACUAAGCGAAUUUCACAUUGUCCUCGAAAAGAGCUUGACUCAUGGAAUUUCUAGUAUAUGUUAAUUUAUCAUAAACAUUCCAAUAAUUAGGUAAGAUAUGCUGGAUUUUUUGCUAUACGCUGCACUUUACAAAAUUUUUAUUUUUAAAUGAUUGCAGAAUAACUUAAAUUUGAUCAUAUACUUUCCUGUAGGAUACAUGUCUUUAAAACGGCACAAUUUAUAAAAUUCUAAAUAAUACGAGGCGAACAGGAUAAAUGUUAUAGUAUUGGAAAAAUGAUAAACUUUGUAAAACUCUACUAUUAAGGAUCUAAGAGAAAUUUAAUAAUGCAAAUGAAGACUGUUAUGCUGAUGUAAAAUAGUCGUUUUUAAAUGAUGAAUUGUUUGACAGAAAGUUGAUAUAUGAGUGAUAACGAAAACAAAGAUCUUUCUCUGUUCCGGAAGUUGAUGAUAUUGAUAACAAUAAGAGUUCAGUGAAAAGAUAGAUGAUCUAAUUUCGCCCAUCUUGCCGUAGAUAAUUGAUAGAGAAACUAGUUAAGAUUGUUGAAACUGACGUAUCGUGUACCAAAGAUGUGAUCCUAUUAGUUAUUACUAUUAGUAUUAUUGAUAUUAUUAUUACUAAGGAUUUAGUUUUUUUUACAAUUUUUGCCGUAAGCAGAAUAUCUAAAGAGCGUGCAAACAACGUAUAUUGCAAUAAUUAAUAAGUUAGACAAGAUAAAUAUCAAUUUUGUACGUUCCAUUAUUUAUUACAUUAAUCGAAAUCAUUAAUAAUAGGAAAUAUAACUUUGUCGAGAGAAAUAUUAGAAUAGGAAAAAAUUUACGACUUGUUAAUUUUAAUCUUUCUCCAUUCUCAUAAACCACAUUAUGUUAAAUCAUGAAAAUGGUCGAUUAAUUUUUUAAUACGUUGUUUAUACACACUUGUGAACAGAUACCUGCUUUAUUAGUUAAUACUAUUUCCUUUACCUUUUUUUAUCGAAUAUGAUCGAAGAUUUUUUUAUUUUUACUUAUACGAGUACUGAGCUGCAAGAAACAAUAACGUCAAAGUUUAAGACUUAAUAUUAGCAAUUUAUAUUUCUUCUCUUGUAAAAUUUGAAAUUCAAUUAGUGUAUUGUAGUUCGAUUCGAAAUCAGAAGCACGUAAUAUAUUAUGAAACAUUUAUGCGCAUAUUCAAGAAAAAAUGGACCAACCGAUUUAAUCAUUUAUUACAAGUUUCGAAGUGUGACAAUUGAUUUUUGACGUGCAAGCUGCUUCUUCGAAGUUUUAAUGUAAUUGAUGAUCAAGAUAAGUAGAAUACUCCACUAAUUUGAAGAAAUAGUUUUUAGAGUUCAAUUUUAUCGCUAGCAUUUCACUGACAUUCAAUAUCACAUCCCAUUGCUAAAAAUUGUUCUUUCGUAUUAUUAACCAGUGUACUAUUGCUCAUUCUUCGUAAAGCACGCGUGAAUAAUAUUUUUUAUUAUAAGCUUUAAUGUUUAACGAGUUUACUUGGGUAUACUACAAUUUUUGAAAAAAUCUUAAUAAUUUCAAUGAUACUAAAUUUUUGGGGGUUUCGUUUUACUUUUUUGCUAUUUUAUUCUGAUAUUAAACACAGUUAAAAUUAAACAUUAAAUUUAAUUUUAAAUAAAGAAUUACUAAUUCUACAGAAUUUUAAGCAUUGAAAAAAUAUUUCGUUAAGUAAAAAAAUUUAAUACAACUAUUUCUCAUUUACAAUUCACCUUAAAUUUAAUUACUUUUGUAUCUAAUCUUUUAAAAAAUAUUAAUUUCAAGCAGAAAUAAUUUUAAAUAUCUUUUGUUGAUGUAACCAUAAAAUAUACAAGGUUGCAAAGUCAAAACAUCAAGUAUGUAUUCACACGUGUUCAUUGUGUACAUUCAUGACAUUGAUACAUAUUAAGAAAUAAUUUAUAGCGAGUCUCUCGCACCUGUGGCCAAAUUUAAAAGUUUACCGUGUCAUCUUUUACAUAGAUCCGUGGAUGUAAAACUUUAAUUCUAAUAUCUGUUAACACAUUGCUUAUUAACUAAGAGUAUCUUUUAAUACAUUUUUCAACGUUAAGUUUCAACUUUUUAUAUAAUAUCCGUUAUUACAUUUUAAUCUUUCUGAAAAUAGAAUGAUUCUUUAUCUCCUCAAUUAUAAAAUAUAAAUUUACCAACGUAUAUAUCAUAUAGAAAUUUUAUAUCUAAGUAUUCUAUACUUAUAUUUGUAUUCUAUUGUAUGCUGUUUUAUCAAAUAAUAUUGAAGUGGAAAGCAAUGUGUUAAUAAGUGAAUAGGAAAAUGAAUAGGACAAAAAAAAGAAGAGUAUAGAAUUUGUUAGUUAUGUAUCAUUAGUUGUUUCAUCCGGAACAUACAUUAAGAUUUGUUUGUUAAUUAAUUACGUUGCUGUAUAUUGUUGACAAAAAUAAUGAAAUACUCGCUUAAUGAUCUGGUUGGGUUACUUUCCCUAGAUUUUGUAGGAAAAAAAUAAAACGGUUGUACACAUAAAAUUAUGUUUCAUAUCAGUUUUAAACGGAUUAUUGUAUAUUUUGUUGUUUUAACAAUAAUCACGUUUAAUCAAAAGGGGAAACAAAAAAUUGUAUUUUAGGUAAUUGUAAAAUGUGUAUUGUGAUCGUUUUGUUGUUAAAUUGGAGGAUAGUGCGUUGCACUUUAUAUUAUUUACUUUAUUAUGCUUUGGAGCAUGCCUGGUGUCGUCAUGUUAAAGUUGCCUAUAAUUUUAAUCUCUCUAUGAUCUUCAAUAAAGUCAAAUGUUAAAUGGAAUUUAUACAAAAUAUGUACAAUAGAUAUUUUUAAAAUAUUAAUAUUACAGAAAAAAAUGGCGAGAUAAAUUAAAAGCUAUAAUGAAUUAUGUAUAAAUGAAUUUUUUUGUUAUUUUUAAUAUACAGAAUGGUUCAUUAUUAAAUAAAAUAUUUAGGAUUAUAAUUUUAUAAAUUUUUACUUGGAAAGGAUUGUAAAAUACUUCAUAUAUCAGCAAAAUGAUAUAUAAUUAGUGCAAACACGUAGUUAAAGAGCUUAAAAUAUAAGCUUCGUAAUAAUAUUUCAGACACUUCAACAUGACGAUGUGCGCUUAUUCACAAUACUCAAACAAGUAGUUUAUGCGUAAGUAUCGAUCUAAGAUUUAAAAGUCAUGUCCAUGUAAUCACGAUCCAUGCUCGAUCGUUCCAUAGAUUCCUUACCAAGUUUGUAUAUAAAUUAAAAAUUAAAGCUUCAUGUAACGUAUAAUAGGAUCUUUUACAAGGUAAGCGCCACAUAAUAUAAUUGUAUAUAUAUAAUGUAAAACAAAAUACUAUAAUACUGUACAGUAGAAUAAAGAAUUACCAAAACUGA